AUGUUUUGGUUGAAGCUAUACAGCAGUUUUCUAAUUUUGGUUUGUGUCUCUUCAGUAUGUCACUGCUUCGAAAAUGUCAUGCUACAAACAUCCGUUCCCGUAAUUAUGUAUUCCCAUCGAUUGUCUCCAGGUCUUACCAAGUAUCAGGAUGCAUAUGACCCAGAGCAAAAAAUACCGAAGGAAUCGUUCAGAUAUAUAUGUGAGGAAUUGAUCGAUAAGUGUAACUCCGACGCGUACAUUUUUAUCAACCAACCGGGAUUGAACCGAUGGGACUUUGAAGAAUAUAGACAUUCUUUUAGUCAUUUUGAAAAGUAUAUCAAUGGAAGUUCAACUGCUUUGAAGUUUGAGCAAGUCGGUUUGCUUGACGAUGAAUUUUUUAAAGAUCUAUUGUCGUACACAAGCAAGGCUUGUAACGUGCGAGAAAUAAUUACUUUGGAAGGUAAUAACACAGAUGAAUUCCAGCCAUACAUCGAUACAGAUUCAAGGAUAGUCAGGAUUGACUUUCCAAGGUUAAGCUCCGAAGUUGAUUUAAGGGAAGAGGAAAUCCAGCAUUUUGAUUCAUACCUGCGCACUGUACUAGCACAGAUCCCAUCCCCAUAUCAUACUGUAAUUUACACUUCCUUAGAAUCCAGUGAGUUUGAUGCUGAUCUAUUGAAAAAUCCCGGGGAAAUCUUUCAAGACAUAUUUGCAACCAAGACCCAAGAUAUCGAGAUUAAUGACAGGUUGAGACAGGAUCCUAUUUUCAGAAAUAGCCCAAACCCUCGUUUCUCUGGUAUGGCAAAUCAAUACAUUUCCGUCUUUGAUUCCCAUUUUGUCAAAGAGAACUACAAUCUUUUGAAAUUAAUUGGAACCACAUUUUUCUGUUUUGUGAUAUACCAAGUGUUUGCACUUUUUAGAGACGCACCUGUAGAAAAGAGGACGGAACCCGCCAAAAAAAAACUAAGCCAAGAAUAA